GUGUCAUUGUCAUUUGUCGGAUCUGUAUUCCAAAGGUGUCAAAUUUCCAGAAAACUAAAAUUGUAUUUAUUACACCUUCGAUAAAAAAGUCAUAAGAAAAUAGUAACAAAAUGCAGAACCCUAACGAGGAUACAGAAUGGAACGAUGUCCUACGAGCGAAGGGAAUUAUUCCUCAAAAGGAGAAAGAAAUCUCGGAAGAACAAAUUGUGAACAUGAUCGAGGAGACCAUACAAAAUAAACAAGCCGAGAAAGAGAAACAACUAUCAGAACUGGACUUAGAUGGCUUAGAUGAGCUAGAGGAUGAUGAAGACGAAGCUGUACUACUGGAGUACCGCAGGCGGAGGAUAGCUGAAAUGAAGAGAUUGGCAGAAAAGCCGAGAUUUGGUGAUGUGAGAGAGGUCUCAGGACAGGAUUAUGUUCAAGAGGUGAAUAAAGCUGGUGAAGGCAUUUGGGUUGUUAUACAUCUGUAUAAACAAGGCAUACAAGAAUGUGCCCUCCUAAAUCAGCAUAUGCGUGAACUGGCCAUAAAGUUCCCAUAUACCAAGUUCCUGAAGGCAAUGGCACAGACUUGCAUCCCCAACUACCCGGAGAGGAACCUGCCCAGUGUGUUUGUGUACUUUGAGGGUGAUAUGAUGAAGCAGUUUGUGGGACCACUAGAAUUGAGAGGAACUGCUUUGACUUGUGAUGAAUUGGAGUUCAUUUUGGGUCAAGUUGGAGCUGUUGAUACGAAAAUCAAAGAAGACCCAAAACCUAAGAUAAAGGACAAAAUGCUGACAGACCUGGGCUGCAAUGAUUGGUGACAGUCUGCUGAAGGUUGAGUUGGUGCAAUAGACUUUUUAUUUGGUGUGAGGAUAUUUGCUUAUUGCAUUUCUUAUUUAUUUUAGUUAUAGUAUUUUAUUAAAAAAGGAAUUCUCUUUUUAUUGAGUUUUAGUAAUAAGUAAAGAUGUAAUUACACAAUCUAUGUUAAGCAUUUAUUUCAAUUAUUGUAACUUGUGUUAUCUUUGAUGGAACAUGAUGAAAAUAAAAGCCUUUAAUUUUG